CCUCUCCCCGGUUUUACGCAAACUCAGCAGGUGCUGCAGGUGUUUUGCAGUAAUAUUUCUUUUUCUGUAUUUAUUAUACAUCGGGGCCUCGCGUAAGGGGAGACCGAUCUGAAAAAAAUCUCUACCGGGAUUUUCCUUCGACCCUCCUUGUUCCAGACCACCACCCUCAUUGAAUCACUACUUAUGGCCAGCCAUAUUAUCGGAAACCGCAACAGCACUCCCGAAGCGUCCAAGUCCAGUCUUCGUCCUCCAUCGUCAUCCCGGAAUCUAGGAACGCACCAGCUUCGAGCAUCGGCCGAUAUGUCGGGCUUCCCGUCUCCUCUGUCAUCUCGCAGCAUUCGUCCUUCUUCGGAAGUGUACUUCAAUCAGCAGUCUCAGGCAAACAACGCGGAGGAUCCGUUGGACCGUGCGGCUCAGCAGUGGCUGGCAGACAUCGAUCAGUACGAAACCACCCUGGAAGAGAUGGCCGCCGCCACGCUCGACCAGGAUUUCAAGGAUGAGCUCAGUGCGAUCGAGCAGUGGUUCCGGGUACUCAGCGAGGCGGAGAGGACUGCUGCCCUCUACGCUCUGCUGCAGCAGACCACUCAGGUGCAGAUCCGUUUCUUCAUCCAGGUUUUGCAGCAGAUGGCCAAGAGUCAUCCCAUGUCCGGACUGUUGUCCCCCGCAAACUUCGGAGAGAAGGAUGCCAUGUCUAACCGCCUGAACGAUGCCAUGUCCAAGUUGAACGUCGACAGUUCCCGGAGUUCUCUCGGUCGCCCCCCACCGUCUCCGGGUGCCAAGCGCAACUCCGGACUCGACUCAUCCACGAUCAAUGCCAUGUUCCCUGAUGCUGCUGCUGCCAUCGCUAAGAAGAAGGCCGAGUUCACCCAGCAGACCGGCAAUGCUCCGCCAUCGAACCGGAACAGUGCCGUGUUUGACCGGACGUCCUUCGUGGCCCCCACGAUUUCCGCUCCGGACAGCAACACCGACAGCCUGGGACAGCCUCCGGUCUCUCCCUGGGCCCAACGUGGAUCCGAACCUCAACCCCCUAUCGCCCGACCCAAGUCAUCCUCUGGUCACCAGCCCAUGGGCCAAUUCAGCCAGACUCCUUCGAGCCUGCGCUCUCCGCUCCCUACGCAAACUGCCACGAUUCCGGCCCCUGAGAUAGAUGCUCCUUUGCUCUCGCCGUACAAUGUUGGAAAUGCCAGCUGGGCCUCCAUGACCAACACCCCAAUGACGGCAACUUUCGGUCAGCAGCCGCAGCAGCCGCAGCAGAACUCGCAGGCCGAUAUGGUGGCCAAUGCGACUGCGAUGAAGCUGGCCGCACUGUCCACCGUGAACAACCGGAUUGCUCUUGAUGAUGCUCGUAAGUACCGUCGGGCUCGUUCCAACGACGGUCAGGGAAAGAAUUCCGCGAAUGCCAGCCAUGCCAUGGCCCAGGGCGGUCUGGCGAGCCCGGGCCUCCCGGGCCACAACCACCACCUCGUCGCCGGGCAGCUGUUGAACACUCAGCAGCUGGCGGCCUUGCAGGCACAGCAACAUGCUGCGAUGGCGGGUCGUCGCUCCCGCCCGACUUCGCCUGGAAUUGCCAUGCAGGGUGGUGGACUCGGUCCAAUGGGAUUCACCUCGCCACAGAACAACGGCUUCUUGGCGGCGUAUGAUCCUAACAACCCGCUCAUGGGCAACGGACUGAGUGCGCUUGGCAUUGGACAAUUCGGACUGGGUGGACCCGAGGGCUAUCUCUCGGACCACUCGGAGGUCGCCCGCGGCCGGUCCCCGCGUGGGCGUCGCGGUAGCUCGAAGCCCCCGGAGGACCCUACGGACCCCACCCUGUUGAAGGACAUUCCCAGCUGGCUGAGAUCGUUGCGGCUGCACAAGUACACGGAGAACCUGAAGGAUCUGAAGUGGACGGAAUUGGUUGAACUGAACGACAAGGCGCUGGAAGAACGCGGCGUCAAUGCUCUGGGCGCCCGAAACAAGAUGCUGAAGGUGUUCGAGCAAGUUAGGGAAGCCAAGGCCGAUGGCAAGCUUGACAACAUCGCGUGAUGACUUCGCCGUUCCAUCAUUCCUCUUGACUUACGUUUCUGCUUACAUUCUCUCUAUUGCAUUAAUUGACUAGAUUGGCUUUGGGCAUAAGUGGCAGGAUCCGAAAUGAACCUAUGAGCGAUCUCAUGGAAUGAUCUUGGGAGGAAGUUGUCU